AAUCUUAAAAUUUGUUAAUUAAAACAAAGAAUGCAAAUGCAGAAUAUAAAGAUAAUAUCACUCUAAAACGAGUAGUUAGAUGAAAGGUAAAGUUACACUUAAGUUAGCCUAAAAUAAAUAUAGUUGUAGUAAAACUCAAUAAAUAAUUUUUCUCCUAAAAGCAUAAAUACCAAGUAAAACGGUAACUAAUCUAAGAAUAAUACUCCCAUAAACAGCAAGUAUAAAUUAGAUUCUUUUUCUAACAUUUGCAAUUAGCAGUAACAAUCUAUUCAAAACAAAACAAUAUCUAAUGGCAACUCUUAAUAAAAUACUCCCUCGGUCCGUAAUGAAAAAAUUGGUAAUUACAGAAAGCCUUCAUAACUCUCUAUAAAUUCUUAAGAUAAAACAACUUUGUAAGGAAUUACUCCUUCAGCUAAGCAAAUUAAGGAGUAUAUUGACAAGAAUUCAAUUACUGGAUUGCUUGGAGUUAGAAAACUAAAAAAAUAAAUGAUAGACUCAAAAACUUUAUCAUAAUUUUCUAGAAUAUAGAAGAAUUUAGACAGUAAAGAUCAAACUUAAUAGGUAUUUGACUAAAUUUAGAAGAAAAAAUAAAUGUUGAUGCAAAAAACUCAAUAAAGUAGCACUUCAAAUAACUAAUUUAAUACUAAUUUUACUAAUGGUGAUGACUCUAUGUAUGAUACUAACACCAAGAAAUAUGAAUAUCUCUUAGAUGUAGAAGUUCAUAAAGCAGAUAUAUUUUAAAAAUGGGUGCCAUAGCAGCAUUUGCAACAGCUAUAAAAAUAAAAAAGCCUUAAUCCAGCAGUAUUUUAAUUAAAUUUAUCUUCUCUUAAGCGAUAGUAAAACAACACUUAGACUGUGGCAAGUUAAUAAACUAUAAAUAAUACAUCUUCAUCCUAAAACCUUUCAUCUAAAAGGAAAAUCAAAUACUUUAAAGAGAAUGUAGAUAAAAGAAAAAGAAAGGAAAUGAAAAAAGAAAAUGAAUCUCUACUUAAUAAAGAAUUGCGUAGGUUUGGAAAAUUUGUAGAAUUUUCUAAAGUUGGACCUGCAAGAAAUAUUACAUGUCUUUAAACACGUAUUGAUUAUCUAUUCAAUAAAAUUCCUUCUGAAUCAGGAUCAGCAAAGCAGCCUUUGUAAAUAUAUUCAUAAGGAACUCCUAUAGGUUCUGAUAUAACUAAAUGGAAACUUACUCGUCCUUAAUCUUCAAACAGCUUUUUCGUUUCUUAGGUUGUGUAAAAGAAAUCUGUGGAAAGAGCAUCCAAAAUAGUUUAAAAAUUAGAUGUUUAAAUAGAAAAUGACACAAGAGAGCAAAAAGAAAGAAAUAAUUACAACAUACGCUCUAAUUUAGAUUCUGUUGUUAAAAAUAUUAGAUCCAUUAAUUUAAAUUAAUAAAAUGCUUCUCUUAAUAAAACGAACAUUUCAAUUAGUUAAUAUUCUACAGUUAAUACACCUAAAUUAACUCUAGAUUUUUAAUCUCCCAGAGGAUAUUCUCCGUCAAUUUCAUUAGUUUCACCUUAAAGUACUAUCAAUAAUAAUAAAGAUUUUUAAAGUCCCACUGGUGUAUUUUUAAGACCUAAUUCUAGUGUUGGUUUCGCAAGAGAUUUAUAAAAAGAUUCAAUAAAAGAAUAAUUUAAUACACAUUCUUAGAUAAUAAAUAAUGAUCAAAAUAACAAAUAGUUGAAUCAAAAUUCUAUUCAAAAUAAAUACUAUUCAUUACAGCAAACUCCCAUAAAAUACAAUAAAGAAGACAGGCAUAAAAAAUCUAACUUCACAUCUAUCGGGUUAGAAGAAUAAAUACUAGAAUAAGCUAAUGAAUAGGAAUAGUUUAGCCCUCCUAGAGGCAGUGUGUCAAACAGAGAAAGCAGAAGCCCUAUCAAAAUGAAUAAAAAUCUUUACUCUAAAUCUUAUAACAACAUAGAAAUAACAAAUUAAAGAUUUACAUAAUAAGAACUAAGGAGUAAGAUAAAUUCUUUUUAUGAAAAAAAUAAAACUUCAAAUAAACAUUCUAAGAAACCUUCUUCAAUUAGCAGUUAGGUUGCUCUUUCUCUUUAUUAGUAAGUUUAGGGUAAUAAAAAAAAUCAAAAAAUUGAUAUAAACUAACAAUUAGAUAGACAAGCAAUUAAUAAAGCUUUGAAAGAACUCGAUUAGGCAGAAUAUGACAAUGACAAACUUAUUUUUGAUCCUAAUUGCGAAAGAAUUAAAAGAAAGAGAAGACUUAAAUAAAAACUAAGAAAACUACUAAUAAAAUGCGCUAAAAUGAAUAUUAAAGCAAAAGAUAUAAAUACAGUUUCUAUAUUUAGCACAAUUCCAUAUGAAAAUAAAGGAUCAUUUGCAUUUAUAGAGGCUGUCAAAAAGGGAUAAAAUCAAUAAGUUAUAUAACAGCUUGAAAAGAAUAUUUAUUAUGUCUCUGACUUUGACUAGUUUCAUAUGACAGCUCUUCACCAUGCUUGCAAAAAAGGAAAUCUAUUCCUUGCAAAAUAUUUAAUAUCCAAAGGUGCAGAAAUAGAUGCCUAAGAUUCUAUGAAAAGAACUCCACUCUAUUAUGCUCUCAUUACAGAAAACAAAUAGCUGGUUAAAGAAUUAUUGCAAUUAAAGUGCUCUCCAUGGAGUGGAGAUUAAUUUUCAUUUUUAAAACAGAAUUUGCCAUAAGAAAUCUUAAAUAUACUUUCAUUUGUUAAGAAUUUGGAUAUAAUAUGCAAGUUAUAAUUCAACCUUUAAGAGAGAGAAAAAAUAUGGAAAAAAGAAAUUGAAAUCUUGAAGCUAAUGUGA